AUGCAAGCGACUUGUAGACUAGCGUCAAGAAGCGACCCUUCAUCUGCACCGCUCAACUCGAGGCAUGAUUUUGACAGGAAGCCGAUUCACAACAACAGACGAGACCUGGUCAACGUUACCACUCCGCCGAUUCACCUACCGCGAGCUGCAGCAGGCCACGCAGUGGUUCGGGCCGAGCCAGAUCCUGGGCAAAGGCAGCUUCGGCACGGUGUACCGAGGCUCGGUGGAGGACUGGCUCGGCGAGGAAGACGACGGGAAGCUGCUACAGAUGUUCCUGCUGCUGCAGAUUGCGAUGAAGCUGCGGCAGAGGCUAGGGGUGGGUCUGGUGCUGCUGCCAGUGCCGUUGAUUCCGCCGCGCCCGUGCUGACGUGGCAGCAGCGCGUGCGCAUAGCUGUGGACGUGGCAAGAGGGUUGGAGUACCUUCACGGGCAGAACGUGAUUCACAGGGACUUCAAGACGUGCAAUAUUCUGCUGGAUGAGCACAUGAAUGCAAAGCUCACAGAUUUCGGCAUGGCCACAGCAGGGCCGGAGGCGGGCAAGUCGCAUGUCUCGACUCGCAUCAUGGGCACGCUGGGAUACCUGGACCCUGCAUACAUCGACACGGGCCAUCUCACGGCGCGCAGUGACGUCUACUCGCUGGGGGUGGUGCUGCUGGAGCUGGCAACGGGCCGGUCGCCCGGUGCUGCUGAGAAAACCCACCGUCUCCUGCCCUGGGCUCUCACACAUCUGGAACGAUCUUCAAAGCAGUCUGUCGUGAAUGCUGCCUUCUUCCGAUCAGCAUCAGCUACAUCCCUCCAUUCCAACCUCAAGUCUCACGCAAAGGUCGCAAGAGGAUCAACUUCGGUUCGGAGAGCCAUUCGUGCUGAGGCAGCUUCGGACGCUCAACAAAACGGAGCAGCGACAGAAAAGGCCGCCGCGCUGAUCCUUAUCCGCCAUGGAGAGUCUCUUUGGAACUCCAAGAACCUAUUCACGGGCUGCGUGGACGUUCCUCUGUCAGAGAAGGGUGUUAAUGAGGCCAUUGAAGCUGGAAAGAGAAUUUCGGAAAUUCCCGUGGAUGUCAUCUUCACCUCCGCGUUGAUCCGUGCUCAAAUGACCGCCAUGCUGGCCAUGACGCAGCAUCGCCGUAACAAGGUUCCGGUCAUCCUGCACGAGGAGAGCCAGAGAGCCAAGGAUUGGAGCCGAAUUUUCAGCGAGAACACGGACGAGGAGAUCAUUCCCGUCAUCACUGCGUGGGAGCUGAACGAACGCAUGUACGGCGAUCUCCAGGGACUGAACAAGAAGGAAACGGCCGACAAGUACGGCAUGGAGCAGGUCGUCCUCUGGCGCCGGUCCUACGACGUCCCGCCUCCCAACGGCGAGUCCCUCGCCAUGUGUGCUGAGCGCGCCGUAGCUUAUUUCAAGGAUCACGUGGAGCCGAGACUCACAGCGGGCGAGAAUGUGAUGAUCGCAGCGCAUGGCAACUCCCUUCGCGCCAUCAUCAUGUACCUUGACAGCCUCACCUCGCAGGAGGUGAUAGAGCUGGAGCUCUCUACGGGUGUACCUAUGCUCUACAUCUUCCAGGGUAGCAAGUUCCUCCGCAGGGGCUCUCCCCUCCGCUCAAAUGAUAUCGGUGUCUUUGCACUCACGGAGGACCUGGCGCAAUAUAGAACCAUGCUGGACACCAUUUCUGAAGGCCGGGGCUGA